UAUAAAAGAGGUAGUUGGCAACGCUAGAGUUGGUGAGAGAUGAGCCUCCAAGCGAUCGAUGGCAAAUGCAGGGCAUGAGGGUACGUGCUCGCUACCUGGGAUUACCCCCCCGCGACUGCUUUGUGUACACAUUCAUCAACUUGGAGCCAUUACACAUAAUGCCUAGGCCAAAGAAGAACGUGGCUUUACGUCGCAAAUGUGCAAAAAUUGCAACAGAAGCAUCAGUUGUUGCAGUGAAGCAAAGGCGUCAGGCAGCGUCUAGCAGUGAGGAGGCGUCACCACCACCACAUGUUGCGUCAUGUUCAUGUGAACCAACGAGUGUACAGAAAUGAAAAUCUCGAGUAACUGAACAAAAAGAACAAACAGAAGCUAGUGAAAUGAAAAUACGAUGCAUAAUUUAUGAAGAGACAGUGAAAGAAAUUGUGGAAAGCAUGUUAUGUCCAUCGUGUUGUCAGAACAAUGCUACUGCUAAAUUUACGCACCACCAAAUAGACACGUACGUCCAAGUGAAGUGUUCAUGUGGUCACGUUGUAGUGGAUACUACCAAGUGAAAGAAUAUUGUUAUCCCAUGACAACAUUAUUAGUAUACUGCAUGAUGUGAGCCUGAACAGAAAGGUAGGUACAACUGCUAGUGAAAUGCGUGAGGAAAUCAUGUCAACUUUCUUUCACUGCACGUCAACAGACGACAAUCCUCAACAUGACAGAUGUGCCAAAGGUGAAGGUCAUGGUGCUUCUACAAUAGAAGCAUUGCUCUAGGACAACAGCCUCAUUCCCACACCACAAUGAAAGUUUAUUUCCGCCUGGAAGAAGCUCAGAAGAGGAAAAUAAAAGCCAUCUAUGACAGACUCACAACAGAUGAAAUGAUGAAUCGAUGUCUUCAGGGCAUAACUCAAAACCGAAAUGAGCACCUGCACUCAAGAAUAUGGAGGAUAUGCCCAAAACAUCGCAAUGCAUCAAAAAUGUUGGUGGACUUCGCAACAGCAACUGCGGUAUGCAACUACAAUGUCGGCUACAGUGAAAGCAACUUGGUAGGCCUACUUGGCAUUGAGUCUACACUUUCUAUGGAAAAAUAUCUGCAGAACAUGGACAAGAUGAUGGACUCGCCAUUCAGACGAAAAAUGAGGAACAAGACCCUGCAAAGAGACUUGGAGUAUGCAGCUGGAGGCUUCUGAUUGGCACUGCGUUGUAAACAAACCCAUUUUUCUCAGUUGAGGUAUCUUAGCUAUAUGUCAAUAAAUUUUCAUGAAAAUUGA